AGAGCCAAUCCGCCGUGGGCAGCGGCGGCGGCGGAAGCACAGCUCGGUUCUGGGCGCCGGCGGCGCGCAGCGAGAGUCGGGGCCGCGCCCCGGGGCAGGCGGAGAUGAGCUCUCAGCAGUUCCCCCGCUCGGGUGCGCCUCCUCCCGGUUUGGGGGCCAACCCGCCCACCGGACCCGCCAGCGGCACCGCCGGACUUAUCGCCCCCGCGGCUACGACGAGCGAUGAGUCUGUCCGUGACCCCGAGGUGGCUCCCAGGGAGCAGCACCUGGGCCCUGGUGGUCCUGCACCGCCCCGUGAGGAGAAGCAAGAGCCCGUGGUGGUGCGGCCCUACCCGCAGGUGCAGAUGUUGGCCCCGCACCACCCUGUGCCCCCUGGGGCCCCAGUGACAGUGGCGGCCCCCCCUGCACAUCUGGCACCGGCUGUGCCCCUCUCCUUCUCCGAUGGGCUCAUGAAGCCGCCGCUGAAGCCCACCAUGCCCAGCCGGCCCAUUGCUCCUGCACCACCCUCAACCCUCUCAGCUCCUACAAAGGUUCCUGGACAAGUCACAGUCACCAUGGAAAGCAGCAUCCCACAGGCUCCAACUAUUCCCGUGGCCACCAUCAGCGGACAGCAGGGCCACCCUAGCAACCUGCACCAUAUUAUGGCUACUAAUGUGCAGAUGUCAAUCAUCAGAAGUAGUGCUCCUGGGCCUCCUCUACACAUUGGAGCUUCCCACCUUCCUCGAGGUGCUGCAGCUGCUGCAGUGAUGUCCAGUUCAAAAGUAACUACAGUCCUGAGACCAGCAUCCCAGCUGCCGAAUGCAGCCACAGCUCAGCCAGCAGUUCAGCACAUCAUUCAUCAGCCAAUCCAGUCUCGUCCGCCUGUGACAACUUCAAGCACUAUUCCUCCUGCUGUGGUGGCGACUGUCUCAGCCACAAGAGCUCAGUCUCCUGUUAUAACCACAACAGCAGCACACGCUACAGAGUCAACCCUCAGCCGGCCCACCCUGUCUAUCCAGCAGCACCCACCUUCUGCAGCAAUCAGCAUCCAGCGGCCUGCACAGCCACGCGAUGCGGCCACGCGGAUCACGCUGCCAUCCCACCCGGCCAUAGGAGCACAGAAGCAGCAGCUCCACACCAUGGCCCAGAAAACCAUUUUCAGUACUGGUACUCCAGUGGCAGCAGCAACAGUGGCACCUAUUUUAGCAACAAAUACCAUUGCUUCAGCAACCACAGCUGGUUCUGUUUCUCACACCCAAGCGCCUACAAGCACCAUUGUCACCAUGACAAUGCCCUCCCAUUCUUCCCAUGCUACAGCUGUCACAACCUCAAACAUCCCAGUUGCUAAAGUGGUUCCUCAGCAAAUCACACAUACUUCUCCCCGGAUUCAGUCCGAUUAUACAGCAGAGAGGAGUAACCUCAUACCCCUCUCUAGUCACCGGGCGUCUCCAAACCCAGUAGCAAUGGAAACCAGGAAUGACAACAGGCAGUCGGUGCCUGUCCAGUUCCAGUACUUCCUACCGACCUACCCGCCCUCUGCCUACCCACUGACUGCGCACACCUACACCCCCAUCACCAGCUCGGUGUCCACCAUCCGCCAGUACCCAGUUUCAGCCCAGGCACCCAACUCGGCCAUCACGGCGCAGACAGGCGUGGGGGUGGCAUCCACUGUGCACCUCAACCCCAUGCAGCUGAUGACUGUGGAUGCAUCCCAUGCCCGCCACAUCCAGGGCAUCCAGCCAGCGCCCAUCAGUGCCCAGGGCAUCCAGCCAGCGCCCAUCGGCGCCCAGGGCAUCCAGCCAGCACCAAUUGGGACUCAAGGACUGCACCCAGCUGCACCCAUUGGCACGCAGGGGCUGCAGCCAGCACCCAUCAGCGCUCAGCAGCCACAGGCUGACACCAAGACCUCAGCAGUAGUCCUGGCAGAUGGAGCCACCAUUGUAGCCAACCCUAUUAGCAACACCUUCAACACUGCUUCUGCAGCAACUACAGUUGUACAGACGCACAGCCAGAGUGCCAGUGCCCCAGCACAGGGCUCUUCCCCACGCCCGAGCAUCCUCCGGAAGAAACCAACCACGGAUGGCCUGGCAGUCCGGAAAAGCUUAAUUCCACCUCAGCCACCUGAAGUAGCGAGCACACGUGUUGAGAAUACCAUGCGAAGCACGUCUGGAUCACCGAGGCCUGCUGGUGCCAAGCCAAAACCUGAGAUUCACGUGUCCAUGGCCACUCCCGUCACAGUCUCCAUGGAGGCAGUGUCCAACCAAGGCAGCGAGCAGCCCACCAUUGCAGUCCCUCCUUCCUCCCAGCAGCCCCCUUCUGCCAUUCCAACCAUCAUUGCCGCAGCCAGCCCCACCUCGCAGCCUGCAGCAGCUCUGUCCACCAUUCCAGGAGCCGUCCCAGCUGCUCCACCAACUUCUACCACAAUUGUGGCUGCACCCGCUCCUCCAGCAACCAUGAGCGGGGCCCUUUCAGCAGUGCUGGGACCUGUGGUGCCAGAGAUAAAAAUCAAAGAGGAAGUGGAACCUAUGGACAUAAUGCGACCGGUAUCUGCAGUCCCUCCAUUGACUACAAGUACUGUCUCUCCAUCUUUGGCAUUGCUGGCCAACAACCUUUCGAUGCCUCCAAGUGAUUUGCCACCUGGUGCCUCCCCAAGGAAAAAACCCCGUAAGCAGCAGCAUGUCAUCUCCACAGAGGAAGGGGACAUGAUGGAAACGAACAGCACUGAUGAUGAGAAAUCUACUGCCAAAAGCUUGCUGGUGAAGGCAGAGAAGCGCAAGUCUCCUCCCAAGGAAUAUAUAGAUGAAGAAGGUGUAAGGUAUGUCCCUGUGCGUCCCAGGCCGCCCAUCACAUUGCUCCGCCACUACCGCAAUCCUUGGAAAGCUGCCUACCACCACUUCCAGAGAUACAGUGAUGUCCGAGUGAAAGAAGAGAAGAAAGCUAUGCUACAGGAGAUUGCCAAUCAGAAGGGUGUAUCCUGCCGUGCACAAGGGUGGAAGGUCCAUCUCUGUGCGGCACAGCUGCUGCAGUUGACAAACCUGGAGCAUGAUGUGUAUGAGAGACUGACUGCCUUACAGGAGGGGCUCAUUCCUAAGAAAAAGGCAGCAACUGAUGAUGACCUGCACCGAAUCAAUGAGCUGAUACAGGGGAACAUGCAGAGGUGUAAACUUGUGAUGGAUCAAAUCAACGAGGCUCGAGACUCGAUGCUGAAGGUCUUGGAUCACAAGGAUCGUGUCCUGAAGCUUCUGAACAAGAAUGGAACUGUCAAGAAAGUAUCCAAAUUAAAGCGAAAGGAGAAGGUCUAAACCCAGAAUAAUGACUCUGGAAAUGGAGAACAUGUACAGAACGGAGUUGAGACCUUUUGUAGUUUGAGUUUAUUUUUAAGCAGAGCAUCUGAAUAAAAAAGGAUGAGUUUAGAGAACAGAUGGCAACAGAUGGACACGUAAAGCCUGGUGACCUGAAGGGAUUGUCAGUGAUCUGUCAUAACAAACAACGCUUUCUCUCAGGCUCAUUCCUUUUUAAAGUCUUUGCAGUCCCACUUGUUUAACCCUCCUGCUGUGUCAGUGCCUACUAAUUGGAACUAGUGCUGCAGUGUGGUGGGCAGUGCUCUCCUGUAACGCGGCAUAGGGGUGAACCGGGUGAGGUACGGUGUGAGCAGACAUGGCCAUGCUUUAAAGCACUGAACACAACACUGCUUGCUGUUGCCCCAUUCAGUUCUUCUGACCUUCCAGUGUCUGAAGGAGCCUUUUAAGACCAGUGCCACUGCACCAUGUUCAGAGCCUCCAAUGGUUCAAAGUCCCAGCUGUCAAUUUAAAAAAGGAAAAAAACAAAAACAAAAAACAAAAGGGGGGUGGGGAGGGAAUAAUUUCCAAGUGGUUUCUGUAGUGUCUGUGUGUGUCUCUGUGGGUGCUCCGAGAUGCUUGUUUUGAAGUCCCUCUUGCAGCAGGGUACUUCCUGUAGCUGGUGUAACGUUAAUUUUAUGUACCACAUCCAUCCCAAAUAUGAAUAAAGGACUUGGAGGUUUUUGUA